GCAAACUAGCCCAUAUGCUGAAGAUCAAAUCCAAAUUCACACAUUCCAACGAGCCGCUGACGUCAUUCCACCAUUUCUUUCGUUUUUUAUUUGCUCAAUUAAUCGCCGUUUGAGCACCAGUAUUUAACUACCAUUUCCUUUUCCUUUCUGUUUGCUUUUAUCCGAUCAUCUCUUCGUGUUAAAUUCUAACAAGUUUUGCUUUGAGCUCUUGGAGAAGAAAAUCGUUGAGUGAAAAUAUGAAGCAGGCUGCAGAUGUUCAUCAGCGAAUUGCAAGAAUUUCAGCUCACCUUAAUCCUCCCGCGAAUCAUUUCCAGGUAGGCGAGAAUUCAAGCAUAUGGCGUGAGGAUUGCCGAGCCAAAGGAGGUUCUCCGGGUUUCAAAGUGGCAAUAUUGGGGGCUGCUGGGGGCAUAGGCCAGCCUUUGGCGAUGCUGAUGAAGAUGAACCCAUUGGUGUCCGUGCUUCAUCUGUAUGACGUGGUCAACACGCCAGGUGUCACUGCCGAUAUCAGCCAUAUGGACACUGGUGCAGUGGUUCGUGGGUUUCUGGCUCAAAACCAGUUGGAAGACGCACUCACGGGCAUGGACCUUGUAAUAAUCCCUGCUGGUGUUCCCAGAAAACCUGGAAUGACUAGGGAUGAUCUUUUCAACAUUAACGCUGGAAUUGUAAAGACUCUCUGCGAAGGAAUUGCCAAGUGCUGCCCUAAUGCCAUUGUCAACUUGAUCAGUAAUCCUGUGAACUCUACGGUUCCAAUUGCAGCAGAGGUUUUCAAGAAGGCUGGGACCUAUGAUCCAAAGCGUCUCUUGGGAGUCACAAUGCUUGAUGUGGUCAGAGCUAAUACAUUCGUGGCUGAAGUUUUGGGCCUGGAUCCACGGGAAGUUAAUGUUCCAGUAGUAGGGGGGCACGCAGGUGUAACGAUUUUGCCACUACUCUCCCAGGUUAAACCUGCGUGCUCUUUCACUCGAGAAGAGACCGAGUACCUGACAUCCCGCAUUCAGAAUGGUGGGACUGAAGUGGUUGAGGCUAAAGCAGGGGCUGGUUCUGCUACCCUUUCAAUGGCGUAUGCAGCAGUAAAAUUUGCGGAUGCUUGCUUGAGGGGAUUGAGGGGAGACGCUGGAGUUGUUGAAUGUGCAUUUGUAACUGAACUUCCAUUCUUUGCUUCAAGAGUGCGGCUUGGGCGUAAUGGAAUUGAGGAGAUUUAUCCACUCGGUCCACUGAAUGAAUAUGAAAGGGAUGGAUUAGAGAAGGCGAAGAAAGAGCUAGCUGGAAGUAUCGAUAAGGGUGUCUUGUUUGUUAGGAAAUGAACAUUGUAUGCAUAUUGUAUCGUCCUUUUUUUUUUACCAUCAUAUAGUUUGCAUACUCGACCACUCUUCUGAAUAAAGUGGUACCACUUGUUGUACUUGAAUAUCGGUCGGAUUUUUAUCUCUUGAGUUUUUUGUCUUGUUUUCGGACAAAACAUGUAAUGUAUGUUCUCAGAGAAAUAAAUACUACGGAUAGUUAAAUCCAUUUGCUAAUAUGUUUUAACAUAUUUUCAC